AUGACAGACCAUUCUGCAGCAGUCAAGGUCGUGACAUGCUUCCUCCUCAUCGUCUCCUUCAUCGCUGUCGUAGCCUGUUUGACGACAAACUGGCAGGUUUUGAGGAGGAAGGUGUCUAGUGUGACGCUCCUUUUGAGCACUUUGAUCGCAUCAAUUGCCUCCGGGGCAGCUGUAUCCGUCGCUGCUACUCAUGGCUUGGGACAAGCUUCCCCUCUCUCAGAUGACCAGGUGGUCGUCAUGCAGAAGGCCCUCUAUUCCAUGGAGGUGCUGUAUGUUUUGACGCUGGGACUGGGAAAGCUGUCUGUCAUGGUUCUCUUCUACAGUCUGCUCUCGUCGACAGGCCAGUCGAAGUCUGUCCUGGCAGCGACAGGUCUACUUUUGAUAUGGGUUGUGGUGAUGGCCAUCGUGGUAUGCCUACAAUGCCAUCCACCCGAAGUUUGGAACAUCGUCGGCGGGAAGUGUCUUGACGUGUCCGGAAUUUGGAUAGCAUUUGGGGUCAUGAACGUCUUGGUCGAGAUUAUGAUUAUCGCAGUCCCAUCCUUCAUCAUCUUCCGCCUGCAACUGAGUCUGAAAAGGCGUUUGGUGGUAAUAAGCUGCUUCGGUAUCCGAAUCCUGGAUAUCGCUGGCAGUAUUGUGCAGCUGUGCUACGUCCGUAAUUUCAAGCUCCACGCCGACUCCCCUCUACCGACCAAUGUCUGGCAAUGGGCGAUUUGCAGUCAAGUGCUUCAAACGGUGGCUAUCUUAUCUGCCUGUGUGCCAUACCUUCGAGAAUUCCUGGAGUCGUUCCCCAGUGGUAUGUUCAAGCCGACUGAGCUCAAACAUCCUACGGUGCAGUCGGCAUACAAUGCGACCAAGUGUUCGGACAGUGAUAUAGAAUUAAUGAGACCGGAAUCGACAAAAGAUACUUAG